CGUAAUAGUGUGAAAGUUUGUGAUUUUAUUUAAUCUUAAACUUUAAAAGUAAAAAGUUGUAAUUUAAAAUCAAGCUGUGUCCAAAAUUAAUAAUGGAAGUAACUUUUACAAUUAAUGGACAUGAAUAUACAGUCUCUCCAUCAACUGUGUCUCUUGAUACAAGUUUAAACAGCUUUAUACGUAAUAAUGCAAAGCUGACAGGCACAAAAUUCAUGUGUUUAGAAGGCGGUUGUGGAGCAUGCAUUGUUACGUUAACUGGAAGACAUCCAGUGACAAAAGAGAAACAUUCUUGGGCUGUAAAUUCUUGUCUUCAAAAUAUCUAUUCAUGCCAUGGACUUGACAUUACAACUGUUGAAGGAAUCGGUAGUAAAAAGGAAGGAAUGCAUAAGAUUCAAAAAAGCUUAGCCGAUUUUAAUGGAACUCAAUGUGGAUUUUGUUCUCCAGGAAUGGUUAUGAAUAUGUAUACAUUAAUGGAAUCAAAGAACGGAAAAGUAUCAAUGGAAGAGAUUGAAAAUUCCUUCGGUGGGAAUAUUUGUAGAUGUACAGGCUAUCGUCCGAUUCUGGAUGCAUUUAAAACUUUAGCAUCUGAUUCCAAUGAAAUUUGCAGUGAUAUUGAAGAUUGGCAUUUAGUUAAGAUUUGCUCAAAAACUGGAUCUUCAUGUAAAGGAAGCUGCAAGGCUCGAUCUUCCAGUCAGAAAGGAUUUAUUGAACCUUUGACUUUCAGUGAUGACCGAAUGUGGUUUAGGGUGUUUACAUCAGCAGAAAUCUUCAAAGUUUUUGAACAAUUACGAGAAAAAGCUUAUAUUCUUGUUGCUGGAAACACAGCACACGGUGUUUAUCGUAGAUCACCUGAAAUUAAAGCUUUUAUUGACAUCUCAAAUGUUGAGGAAUUGAAAAGUUAUAAAAUUAAUACAAAUUCUUUGGAACUUGGCGCAAACGUGACACUGUCAGAAUGCAUGAAAAUAUUUACAAAGCUUGCAAAUGACAAAGAGAAUUUUUCGUAUCUUCACGAAGUUGUAAAACAUUUUGAUUUAAUUGCAAAUGUGCCUGUCAGAGAUAAUGGCACUUUAGCCGGAAAUCUGAUGAUCAAGAAUCAACAUCAUGAAUUUCCUUCAGAUAUUUUCCUUAUUUUUGAAGCUAUUGGAGCCAUUUUGACUGUAUCAGCUUCAUCGAAUUGGUCAUUCUCUUUAUUUGGAAACACAACAGAUCUUAGUCCAAAGAACUUUAUUUCGACAGAUAUGAAAAAGAAAUUGCUAAUUAAAAUAACACUUCCAGCAUAUGACUCAAAGAAAUUUAUAUUUCGUUCAUAUAAAGUCAUGCCUAGAGCUCAAAAUGCUCAUGCAUAUGUAAAUGCUGCAUUUUUACUGGAAAUAAAUGAUAAAACAGUUAUUUCGGCCAAAAUUUGCUAUGGUGGGAUCAAUCCAACCUUCAUUCAUGCUGAAAAGACAGAAACAUUUUUGGUCGGUGAAAAUUUGUUUGAAAAUAAAAGCUUACAAAAUGCUAUUACUAUUUUAAAUGACGAAAUCAAGCCUGACUGGAUUCUACCUGAUGCAUCAAUUGAGUUCAGAAAGAACUUGGCACUGAGUCUUUUCUAUAAAUUUGUUCUGAAUGUCGUUCCCAAUGAGAGUGUAUCUGAAAAAUUUAAAAGUGGUGGACAGAGCCUUAAAAGAGGUAUAUCGUCAGGAACUCAAACUUUUGAUACUUACGAGAAGAACUGGCCAUUAACAAAAAAUAUUCCUAAAAUUGAAGCUGAUGUUCAGUGUACCGGUGAAGCCAAAUACAUUAAUGACUAUCCAAAAAUGCCAAACGAACUAUAUGCUGCAUUUGUCACAGCCACAAAUGUACAUGGUGUUAUAUCAAGUAUCGAUGCUAGUGAAGCUCUAAAAAUUCCAGGUGUUAAAGCAUUUUAUUCAGCUAAAGAUAUUCCUGGAAGCAAUAAUUUUAUGCCUAUUAAAAUGGAUCCUAGCACAGAAAUAGAAGAAAUAUUUUGUGCAUCUCAAAUUCGAUUCCAUCAUCAGCCAAUUGGCGUUAUAGUAGCUGAAAGCUCUCAAAUUGCAAACCGAUCUUCAGAACUUGUCAAAGUUUUUUACCAACAAACAGAAAACAUCAAAAAAGUCAUCGUAACAUUGAAGGAUGUAAUCGAAAAAGCUCCUGAAAGAAUCGAAUCCAAACCAGAGUAUUCAAAACAGAGAUUAGUGGAAUCAAGUAUUGAAGGCGAACAUAAAAUAAGCGGAAGAUUUGAAAUGGAAAAUCAGUAUCACUUUACAAUGGAAACACAGACAUGCUUAUGUAUCCCCAUCGAAGAUGGAAUGGAUGUUUACUCUUCAACUCAAUGGAUGGAUGUUACACAAAUAGCGAUUUCUGAAAUGCUUAAAGUUCCUAACAAUAAAAUUAAUAUGUAUGUUCGAAGACUUGGUGGUGCUUAUGGAGCUAAAAUUUCUAGACAAAAUCAAAUUGCCUGUGCUUGCGCUCUUGCUGCUCAUUUAUUAAAUAGGCCUGUUCGAUUUGUUAUGAGAUUAGAAGCUAAUAUGAACAUAAUUGGGAAACGAUAUGCAUGUAUUAACUUCUAUGACAUUAAAGUUGACGAUAAUGGGAAAAUUCAUGAAUUAAACACAGCAUAUACUGAAGAUUAUGGAUGUUCUAAGAAUGAAUCACCACUUCCAAUGGCAACAGCAUGCAUCCAAAAUUGCUACGAUCAUCAACAUUUUAAAAUAGAUGCAAGAGUUGCAGUAACGGAUGCACCAGCUAAUACAUGGUGUCGCGCACCUGGUACUGUUGAAGGAAUUGGAAUUAUAGAAAAUAUUAUGGAACAUAUUGCAUUUACUGUUAAAAAGGAUCCAUUUGAUGUAAGAAUGGCUAACAUUCCCGAAAAUAGUCCUAUGAGAAGCUACAUGACUGAUUUUGCGAAAUCAACAGACUAUCGCAACAGACGCAAGGAAAUUGAUGACUUUAACUCGAAAAAUCGAUGGCGAAAAAGAGGUAUCGGAAUCGUAGCUAUGAAAUAUCCAAUGGAAUAUUUUGGUGUGAUGAAUGCUUUAGUUUCAAUUUAUCAUGGCGAUGGAAGUGUUUCAGUUUCGGUAGGUGGAAUAGAAAUGGGUCAAGGAUUAUUUACAAAAGUAGCCCAAACAGCAUCAUUUAAGCUUGGAAUUCCUUUAGAAAAGAUUCAAAUUAAACCAUCAAACACACUUGUUGCUCCCAAUUCAAUUGUAACUGGUGGAAGUAUGGGAAGUGAAGCAGCAUGUUUUGCAGUGGCAAAAGCAUGCGAAUUGUUGAAUGAAAGACUUAAACCCAUAAAAACUAAACAUCACAAUGCUGAUUGGUCAAAGAUAAUUGAUAAUGCAUACGAUAAUUAUGUUGAUCUUGUAGCUACUUACAUGUAUAAAGUAACGGAUGUCAAAAGUUAUGAUAUUUGGGGGACAUCAUGUUCUGAAGUUGAAGUAGACAUACUUACAGGAAAUGUUCUAAUUAAUCGUGUUGAUAUAAUGGAGGAUGUUGGCGAAAGCAUUAGUCCUGGAAUUGAUAUUGGACAGAUUGAGGGAGGUUUCGUUAUGGGACUUGGAUAUUGGCUAACAGAAAGUUUGAUAUAUGAUCGAAUAACAGGAGAAUUGUUGACAAAUCGUUCAUGGAAUUAUAAGCCACCAGGUGCAAAAGACAUUCCAAUUGAUUUCCGAAUUAAUUUUUUAAAUAAAAGCUCGAAUCCAUUUGGAGUCCUUAGAUCAAAAGCAACUGGAGAACCUAGUACAGCCAUGGCAGUUGUAGUACUUUGUGCACUUCAUCACGCAUUAGAUUCAGCUAGAAAAGAUGCGGAUACUUUAAAUGGGUAUCAAUUUAAAUUAGGUGCUCCUACUACAGUUGAAUCAACAUUUUUGGCUGCAGAUACAAGUUUUGAUCAGUUCUUACUUCAAUAAAUGUAAAAUAAAAACAAGGCGUGGAAAGUAUGAAAAUAUUAAUAUUAUCCCACUUAUCCCAGAUAUUUUCAUAGUUUCCACGCCUUGAAUAAAAGUUUCUUGGUGCUGGAAAAUAAAAAAUGAACUAUAAUUGAG